UCUGGCUAUCCUGGAACCCGCGGAGUCCCCUCCCCCGCAGACAAUGAGUCCGCCGUGGGGGGCGGGGCCUCCCAUUGUGCCAAUAGAAAGGGUGACUUUUUGAUUGGAACGCUAUGCACUCCUCCCCCGCUCCUCUUCUGUGACGUCUAUUCCGCCGCGUGUGCCCAUUGGCCAGCUGGCACCGACUUGUGCCAGGAGUUGCACAGAGCGGGGAGAACUGGGUUGAAUUGCGAAAGGAGGAUUGAGCUUCCGUUAGUCCCUUCAAGGGGUUAAAGGACGCGGUCGUGACGGAUGAGGGGCGGGGAUCCGAGAAGCCGGACCUGCAGUCGUGCGGCAACUCCGGGGUCUCCGUGGCAUCCCAGAGCCCUCCAGACCAGCGGCCUGGAGAUGGGGGUGUAGCCUCCAGUGGAGGAGACCUCAGCCUGGGAGACUUGCUGCGGGCCGGCAAGGCAGGGAAGAUUUUGGCCUAUGCUCCCGCCUCGGGCGGGUCACCUCCCGUCCCUGCUCUGUCAGAGCGCUCCAAACAAGCAGAUGGUCGCGACAUGUUUCAUGAGUUAAAACUCACUGAUGGAACAGUUAAAGCUACUGUUCGGGCUGCUGGCGCCCCAGGUCCCCGUCUAGCCAUCGUCCUCUCUGCCCCCAGGAUUCCACAUGGAACCCUCGCCCAAGAGUCUUGAGAAGGCUCUUUCUGCACGUCAUGGGCACCGAAUUUUCAGACCAAAAUCCCGGACAGGGUUCGAAACUAGUGCUCGGGAAGGGGGGACAAGAGACCAGCAAGCAGAAGAAAGACUAGGAGAGAGCUAGGAUAGCGCCCUGGAAGUAGGACACCAGGAAGAGCUGGGGGACGGCGGGGGCCAAGGCUGGGACCCGGGGAUAGCUGCCGCUACGGGGCGAGGGGCACGGAUCGGCGGCGGAGCCUUAGCUCUUUGUCCCGAGACGUCCGAGAUCCAGGAGGAUGGAGAACCUGGCCUGGGAGUCAGGGAACCUGUCUUCGUGGGGCUCCGAGGGGGAAGGCAAAUCGCCCAGAGUGGUCGAGGACCCCCUGAGCAGCCCGGCCCGGGACUGAGGGGGGAAUAUGGGGCCCAGGCAUUAGGCAGCCGCGGGCAAGAGACAGGACAGGGACCAGGGUCUCCAUUAUGCUGGCUCCCAGAGGUCUCCUCUUGCGGGAGGACAGGACCCUUGCGAAGAGAUAGUCUGUCGCCAGAGGCUCUGUCCCCAGGGGUCCCGGGCCCCGAGAAGAGCUCGCCCUUCCCUUCGGACCUUCUGGUUCCGCCCCGUGGUUCCAAGUCGGUGUCCUCCCAGAGGAAUGCUGGGAGAAGCGUUCCCCCAAAAGUGGGAACUAUGCGCUGCUGUGGGGAAUUGUGGGGAUCAGGACGCAGGGGUCAGGGCGAGAGAACGACGACAUCCCGAGAGGAGAGGAUAGUCCCCCUGCCGGACUGUCCUCCCGGGGCUGCAGGAUCUGGCCCCGAGCUGGUUUCAGCACCGCUCACGGCGAGGACAGUUCCCGAGUCUGGUUCAGCACCGCGCGAGUCCCGGACAGCUCCCGAGCCAACACCCGAGCGCAUGCGCUCCCGCGGUCUCUUCCGCCACCGCUUCCUCCCGCAGCGCCCGGCGCCGCGCCCCCCAGGGGUCCCAGCCCGGCCAGGAGCCUGGAAAACACUCCCAGCCAGCCGGGUCCGCCCCCGCCGCGCCGCGAACCGCCACCCGCAGUUUCCGCAGUACAACUACCAGGCGCUAGUGCCCGAGAACGAGGCGGCGGGCACCUCGGUGCUACGCGUAGUGGCGCAGGACCCGGACGCGGGCGAGGCUGGGCGCCUAGCCUACUCGUUGGCUGCUCUCAUGAACAGCCGCUCGCUGGAGCUGUUCAGCAUCGACCCGCAGAGCGGCCUCAUCCGCACGGAGGCCGCUCUGGACCGCGAGAGCAUGGAACGCCACUACCUGCGCGUGACGGCGCAGGACCACGGCUCGCCGCGCCUCUCGGCCACCACCAUGGUGGCCGUUACAGUAGCCGACCGGAACGACCACGCGCCGGUGUUUGAGCAGGCGCAAUACCGGGAGACACUUCGCGAGAACGUGGAAGAGGGCUAUCCCAUCCUGCAGUUGCGUGCCACAGACGGCGACGCGCCCCCCAAUGCCAACCUGCGUUACCGCUUCGUGGGGCCGCCAGCUGCGCGCGCUGCAGCUGCCGCCGCAUUCGAGAUUGAUCCGCGUUCGGGCCUCAUCAGCACCAGCGGUCGCGUGGACCGCGAGCACAUGGAAAGCUACGAGCUGGUGGUGGAGGCCAGCGAUCAGGGCCAAGAGCCUGGGCCGCGCUCUGCCACCGUGCGUGUGCACAUAACCGUGCUGGACGAAAAUGACAACGCGCCCCAGUUCAGCGAGAAGCGCUAUGUGGCGCAGGUGCGCGAGGAUGUGCGCCCCCAUACGGUGGUGCUACGAGUCAGAGCCACCGACCGGGACAAGGACGCCAAUGGACUGGUGCACUACAAUAUCAUCAGCGGCAACAGCCGUGGCCACUUCACCAUCGACAGCCUCACAGGCGAGAUCCAGGUGGUGGCACCUUUGGACUUUGAGGCAGAGCGAGAGUACGCCUUGCGUAUCCGGGCGCAGGAUGCAGGCCGGCCACCGCUGUCCAACAACACGGGUCUGGCUAGCAUCCAGGUGGUGGACAUCAAUGACCAUACUCCUAUCUUUGUCAGCACACCCUUCCAGGUUUCUGUCCUGGAAAAUGCGCCCCUGGGCCACUCGGUCAUCCACAUUCAGGCAGUGGAUGCAGACCUUGGGGAGAAUGCCAGAUUGGAGUACUCCCUAACUGGUGUGGCACCUGAUACACCCUUUGUGAUAAACAGUGCCACUGGUUGGGUCUCUGUGAGUGGUCCCCUGGACCGUGAGUCUGUGGAGCAUUACUUCUUUGGUGUGGAGGCCAGAGACCAUGGCUCACCCCCACUCUCAGCCUCAGCCAGUGUCACAGUGACUGUGCUGGAUGUUAAUGACAAUCGGCCUGAGUUUAUGAUGAAGGAGUACCAUCUACGGCUGAAUGAGGAUGCAGCUGUGGGCACCAGUGUGGUCAGCGUGACUGCUGUAGACCGUGAUGCCAACAGUGCCAUCAGCUACCAGAUCACAGGUGGCAACACUCGGAAUCGCUUUGCCAUAAGCACCCAGGGGGGUGUAGGUCUGGUGACACUGGCUCUGCCACUGGACUACAAGCAGGAACGCUACUUCAAGCUGGUGCUGACUGCAUCUGACCGUGCCCUUCAUGAUCACUGCUAUGUGCAUAUUAACAUAACAGAUGCCAACACUCACCGGCCUGUCUUUCAAAGUGCCCACUACUCAGUGAGUGUGAAUGAGGAUUGGCCAGUGGGUAGCACCGUGGUGGUCAUCAGUGCCUCUGAUGAUGAUGUGGGUGAGAAUGCUCGUAUCACCUAUCUCCUGGAGGACAACUUGCCCCAGUUCCGCAUUGAUGCAGACUCAGGGGCCAUUACACUACAGGCCCCACUGGACUAUGAGGACCAGGUGACCUACACACUGGCUAUUACAGCUCGGGACAAUGGCAUCCCACAGAAGGCAGACACCACUUAUGUGGAAGUGAUGGUCAAUGAUGUGAAUGAUAAUGCUCCGCAGUUUGUGGCCUCCCACUACACGGGGUUGGUCUCUGAGGAUGCCCCACCUUUCACCAGUGUCCUGCAGAUCUCAGCCACUGACCGGGAUGCUCAUGCCAAUGGCCGGGUCCAGUACACUUUCCAGAAUGGGGAAGAUGGGGAUGGAGACUUUACCAUUGAGCCCACCUCUGGCAUUGUCCGCACAGUGAGGCGGCUGGAUCGGGAGGCAGUGCCAGUGUAUGAACUGACUGCCUAUGCAGUGGACCGAGGUGUGCCCCCGCUGCGGACUCCAGUCAGCAUCCAGGUGACGGUGCAGGAUGUGAAUGACAAUGCACCUGUCUUCCCUGCUGAGGAGUUUGAAGUGCGAGUGAAGGAGAACAGCAUUGUGGGCUCAGUGGUGGCCCAGAUCACUGCGGUGGACCCCGACGAAGGCCCCAAUGCCCAUAUAAUGUACCAGAUCGUGGAGGGGAACAUCCCUGAGCUGUUCCAAAUGGACAUCUUCUCUGGAGAGUUGACGGCACUCAUUGACCUGGACUACGAGGCUCACCAGGAAUAUGUGAUUGUGGUGCAGGCCACAUCUGCCCCUCUGGUCAGUCGGGCCACUGUGCACGUCUGCCUAGUUGACCAGAAUGACAACAGCCCUGUGCUCAACAACUUCCAGAUCCUCUUCAACAACUAUGUAUCCAACCGCUCAGACACCUUCCCUUCAGGCAUCAUUGGACGCAUCCCAGCUUAUGACCCAGAUGUCUCUGACCAUCUCUUCUACUCCUUUGAGCGGGGCAAUGAGCUACAGCUGCUGGUGGUCAAUCAGACCAGUGGUGAGCUUCGACUCAGCCGCAAGCUAGACAACAACCGCCCACUGGUGGCCUCCAUGUUGGUGACUGUCACAGAUGGGCUGCACAGCGUCACUGCUCAGUGUGUGCUGCGCGUGGUCAUCAUCACCGAGGAGUUGCUGGCCAACAGCCUGACCGUGCGUCUCGAGAACAUGUGGCAGGAACGCUUCCUGUCGCCGCUUUUGGGCCACUUCCUGGAAGGCGUGGCCGCAGUACUUGCCACACCUGCCGAGGACGUCUUCAUCUUCAACAUCCAGAACGACACGGACGUGGGGGGCACCGUGCUCAAUGUGAGCUUCUCGGCUCUGGCGCCGCGCGGGGCAGGGACUGGCGCUGCGGGUCCCUGGUUCAGCUCCGAGGAGCUGCAGGAGCAGCUGUACGUGCGCCGCGCAGCGCUUGCUGCCCGCUCACUUUUGGAUGUGCUGCCCUUCGACGACAACGUGUGCCUGCGCGAACCCUGCGAAAACUACAUGAAGUGCGUGUCGGUGCUGCGCUUUGACUCGUCUGCGCCCUUCCUGGCCUCGGCCUCCACGCUCUUCAGACCCAUUCAGCCCAUUGCAGGCCUGCGCUGCCGCUGCCCGCCCGGCUUCACGGGAGACUUCUGCGAGACCGAGCUCGACCUCUGCUACUCCAACCCUUGCCGCAAUGGCGGCGCCUGCGCGCGGCGCGAGGGUGGCUACACCUGCGUCUGCCGCCCGCGCUUCACCGGAGAAGACUGUGAGCUGGACACCGAGGCCGGACACUGCGUGCCCGGCGUCUGCCGCAACGGGGGCAUCUGUGCGGAUGGGCCCGACGGCGGCUUCCGCUGCCAGUGCCCAACGGGCGGCGCCUUCGAGGGCCGGCUCUGCGAGGUGGCGGCGCGCUCCUUCCCGCCCAGGUCGUUCGUCAUGUUCCGAGGCCUGCGGCAGCGCUUCCACCUCACGCUGUCCAUCUCGUUCGCAACGGUGCAGCCAAGUGGGCUACUUUUCUACAAUGGGCGCCUGAACGAGAAGCAUGACUUCUUGGCCCUGGAGCUCGUGGCGGGGCAAGUGCGGCUCACAUAUUCCACAGGUGAAUCCAACACCGUGGUCAGCCCCACAGUUCCAGGGGGCCUGAGUGAUGGGCAGUGGCACACUGUGCAUCUGAGAUACUACAACAAGCCCCGGACAGAUGCCCUGGGGGGUGCUCAGGGCCCCUCCAAGGACAAGGUGGCUGUGCUGAGCGUGGAUGACUGCAACGUGGCCAUGGCUCUGCAGUUUGGUGCUGAGAUUGGCAACUACUCGUGUGCGGCUGCUGGCAUGCAAACAAGCUCCAAGAAGUCCCUGGACCUGACAGGCCCUCUGCUCCUGGGGGGUGUCCCCAACCUCCCCGAGAACUUCCCCGUGUCCCACAAGGACUUCGUUGGCUGCAUGCGGGACCUGCACAUUGAUGGCCGCCGAGUGGACAUGGCGGCUUUCGUCGCCAACAAUGGCACCACGGCAGGCUGCCAGGCCAAGCUGCACUUUUGCGACUCAGGCCCCUGUAAGAACAGUGGCUUCUGCUCAGAGCGCUGGGGUGGCUUCAGCUGUGACUGCCCCGUGGGCUUCGGUGGCAAAGACUGUCGGCUCACCAUGGCCCAUCCCCACCAUUUCCGUGGCAACGGCACACUGAGCUGGGACUUUGGAAAUGACAUGGCUGUGUCUGUGCCGUGGUACCUCGGGCUGGCAUUUCGGACACAGGCGACACGGGGCAUCCUGAUGCAAGUGCAGGCUGGGCCACACAGCACGCUCCUCUGUCAGCUGGAGCAGGGGUUGCUAUCUGUGAUGGUGACCAGGGGCUCGGGCCGUGCUGCCCACCUACUCCUGGACCAGGUGACUGUCAAUGACGGCCAGUGGCACGAUCUGCGGCUGGAGUUGCAAGAGGAGCCAAGUGGCCGGCGGGGCCACCAUGUCCUCAUGGUCUCACUGGACUUUAAUCUCUUCCAGGACACUAUGGCGGUGGGGAGUGAGCUGCAAGGCCUGAAGGUAAAGCGACUCCAUGUGGGAGGCCUGCCCCUCAGCAGUGAAGAGGAGAGUCCUCAGGGUCUGGUUGGCUGUAUCCAGGGGGUAUGGCUCGGCUCCACGCCUUUGGGGUCCCCGGCCCUGCUUCCCCCCAGCCACCGAGUGAAUGUGGAACCUGGCUGUGUCGUGACCAAUGCCUGUGCAUCUGGGCCCUGCCCACCCCAUGCUGACUGCCAAGAUCUCUGGCAGACCUUCUCCUGCACCUGCUGGCCAGGUUACUAUGGCCCAGGCUGUGUGGACGCCUGCCUCUUGAACCCCUGUCAGAACCAGGGGUCAUGCCGGCACCUCCCAGGAGCCCCCCAUGGCUAUACCUGCGACUGUGCAGUUGGCUAUUUCGGGCACCACUGUGAGCAUAGGAUGGACCAGCAGUGCCCGCGGGGCUGGUGGGGGAGCCCAACCUGUGGCCCCUGUAACUGCGACGUUCACAAGGGCUUUGACCCCAACUGCAACAAGACAAAUGGGCAGUGUCACUGCAAGGAGUUCCACUACCGACCUCGGGGCAGCGACUCAUGCCUCCCAUGUGACUGCUACCCUGUGGGCUCCACCUCACGUUCCUGUGCACCCCACAGCGGGCAGUGCCCCUGUCGCCCAGGAGCCCUUGGCCGCCAGUGCAACAGCUGUGAUAGUCCUUUUGCAGAGGUGACAGCCAGCGGCUGCCGGGUGCUCUAUGAUGCCUGCCCCAAGUCCCUAAGAUCUGGUGUGUGGUGGCCCCAGACCAAGUUUGGUGUCUUGGCCUCAGUGCCCUGUCCUCGGGGGGCCCUGGGUGCUGCUGUGCGGCUAUGUGACGAGGACCAGGGUUGGCUGGAGCCUGACCUUUUCAACUGUACCUCCCCUGCCUUUCGAGACCUCAGUCUGCUGCUGGAUGGCCUAGAGCUGAACAAGACAGCACUAGAUACAGUGGAGGCCAAGAAGCUGGCUCAGAGGCUGCGGGAGGUGACCGUCCACACUGACCACUACUUUAGCCAAGAUAUCCGAGUCACUGCCCGCUUGCUGGCCCAUCUGUUGGCCUUUGAGAGCCACCAGCAGGGCUUUGGGCUGACAGCCACACAGGACGCCCACUUCAAUGAGAAUCUGCUGUGGGCCGGCUCUGCACUGCUUGCUCCAGAGACUGGGGACUUGUGGGCAUCACUGGGGCAGCGGGCCCCCGGGGGAUCCCCAGGCAGUGCAGGGCUGGUGCAGCAUCUGGAGGAAUAUGUGGCCACGCUCGCAAGGAAUAUGGAACUCACAUACCUGAAUCCCGUGGGGCUAGUGACACCCAACAUCAUGCUCAGCAUCGACCGUAUGGAGCACCCCAGCCCGACCCGGGGAACCCGUCGCUACCCUCGUUACCACAGCAACCUUUUCCGGGGCCAGGAUGCCUGGGAUCCUCAAACCCACGUGCUGCUGCCUUCCCAGGCCCCACGGCUGUCCCCACCUGAAGUUCUGUCCACAAGCAGCAGCAGCAUGGAAAACUCCACCACCUCAAGUGUGGCCCCCCGACUGGCGCCCCCAGAGACUGAGCCUGAGCCUGGGAUCUCCAUUGUCAUCCUCCUUGUUUACCGCACCUUGGGGGAGCUGCUCCCUGCCCAGUUCCAGGCCAAGCGCCGUGGCGCCAGGCUUCCCCAGAACCCAGUUAUGAACUCUCCGGUGGUCAGCGUGGCUGUGUUCCAUGGACGCAGCUUCCUAAGGGGCAUCCUGGAAUCCCCGAUCAGCCUUGAGUUCCGCCUGCUACAGACGGCAAAUCGGAGCAAGGCGAUCUGCAUGCAGUGGGACCCGCCUGGCCCGGUGGACCAGCACGGCAUGUGGAUAGCACGGGACUGCGAGCUGGUGCACAGGAAUGGCUCCCACGCACGGUGUCGCUGCAGCCGGACAGGCACCUUUGGGGUCCUCAUGGAUGCCUCCCCCCGUGAGCGGCUGGAGGGCGACCUGGAGCUGCUGGCUGUGUUCACCCACGUGGUCGUGGCAGUAUCUGUGGCCGCGCUGCUGCUGACUGCGGCUGUCCUGCUGAGCCUCCGCAGCCUCAAGUCCAACAUGCAUGGGAUCCAUGCCAAUGUGGCGGCUGCCCUGGGGGUGGCAGAACUCCUCUUCCUGCUGGGAAUCCAUAGGACCCAAAACCAGGUGCAGGGUCGGGGCCAGGGGACUUGUGUCCUGAUGACCUUACCUGGCCCAGGAAGGCCUGGGGCCAAAGUUCAGGGAUGCUCAGGUUGGGGCCAGGGUUUGGGGCAGGAUACUGGGCUGAUGUGCACUGCAGUCGCCAUCCUCCUGCACUACUUCUUCCUCAGCACCUUCACGUGGCUCCUUGUGCAGGGGCUGCACCUCUACCGCAUGCAGGUUGAGCCCCGCAAUGUGGACCGUGGCGCCAUGCGCUUCUAUCAUGCCCUGGGCUGGGGCGUCCCUGCUGUGCUGCUGGGGCUUGCUGUUGGCCUGGAUCCCGAUGGCUAUGGGAACCCUGACUUCUGCUGGAUCUCGGUCCAUGAACCUCUCAUCUGGAGCUUCGCAGGCCCUGUCGUCCUUGUCAUUGUGAUGAACGGGACCAUGUGUCUCCUCGCUGCCCGCACAUCCUGCUCCACCGGGCAGAGGGAGGCCAAGAAGACGUCUGUGCUGACCCUUCGCAGCUCCUUUCUGCUCCUUCUACUGAUCAGUGCCUCCUGGCUCUUUGGCCUUCUGGCAAUCAACCACAGCAUCCUGGCCUUCCACUACCUCCACGCCGGCCUGUGUGGGCUCCAGGGCCUGGCGGUGUUGCUGCUCUUCUGUGUCCUGAAUGCAGAUGCUCGGGCUGCCUGGACACCAGCCUGUCUGGGCAGGAAGGCAGCGCCUGAGGAGGCAAGGCCAGCGCCUGGGACGGGGCCUGGGGCUUACAACAACACGGCCCUCUUUGAGGAGAGUGGCCUCAUCCGCAUCACUCUUGGUGCCUCCACCGUCUCCUCCGUGAGCAGUGCCCGCUCCGGCCGGACCCAGGACCAAGACAGCCAACGGGGCUGCAGCUACCUCAGGGACAAUGUCCUGGUUCGACAUGGCUCGGCUGCCGACCACACUGACAACAGCCUCCAGGCUCACGCUGGCCCCACUGACCUGGACGUGGCCAUGUUCCAUCGAGAUGCUGGUGGAGGCGCAGACUCCGACUCUGACAGCGACCUGUCCUUGGAGGAGGAGAGAAGCCUGUCCAUCCCAUCCUCAGAAAGUGAGGACAACGGCCAGACACAAGGGCGUUUCCAGCGUCCACUCCGCCGGGCAGCCCAGAGUGAGAGGCUCCUCACCCAUCCCAAAGAUGUGGAUGGCAACGACCUCUUGUCCUACUGGCCAGCUCUGGGGGAAUGCGAGGCUGCUCCCUGUGCUCUGCAGACCUGGGGCUCCGAAAGGCGCCUGGGGCUGGACGCCAGCAAGGAUGCAGCCAAUAACAAUCAGCCUGACCUGGCCCUGACCAGUGGAGAUGAAACCUCCCUGGGCCGGGCCCAGCGCCAGAGGAAAGGCAUCCUGAAAAACCGAUUGCAGUACCCACUGGUGCCACAGACCCGAGGUCCCCCUGAAUUGUCCUGGUGCCGUGCAGCCACCUUGGGCCACUGUGCUGUGCCGGCUGCCUCCUAUGGCCGCAUCUAUGUUGGAGGGGGCACAGGCAGCCUUUCACAGCCAGCCAGCUGCUACUCCUCUCGAGAACAGCUGGACCUGCUCCUCCGGCGGCAACUGAGCCGUGAGCGACUGGAGGAGGCCCCUGCCCCAAUUCUGCGUCCCCUGAGUCGGCCAGGUUCCCAAGAACGCCUGGAUGCUGUGCCAGGCCGCCUGGAGCCCAGGGAUCGGGGCAGCACCCUACCACGGAGACAGCCACCUAGGGACUACCCGGGUGCCAGGGCUGGCCGCUUCGGAUCUCGAGAUGCGCUGGACUUAGGGGCACCUUGCGAGUGGUUGAGCACGCUGGCCCCGCCCCAUGGUGCCCGGGACCUUGACCCACAGCCCCCACCUCUGCCCCUGUCUUCCCAGCGGCAACUCUCAAGGGACCCCCUCUUGCCAUCCCGGCCCCUGGACUCUCUAUCUAGGAGAUCGAACUCAGGGGAGCGGCUAAACCACGUGCCUAGCCGGCACCCCUCACGAGAAGGUCUUGGGCCACCCCCGCAGCUGCUCAGAGUUAGGGAGGACCCAGCCAGUAGCCCUAGCCAUGGCCCCUCCACAGAGCAGCUGGACAUUCUCUCCUCUAUCCUCGCCUCCUUCAACUCCUCGGCUCUCUCCUCUUCUGUGCAGUCCUCAAGCACACCCUCGGGCCCUCAUACCACUGCCACGCCUUCUGCCACUGCCUCAGUGCUUGGGCCCUCCACACCACGCUCUGCCACAUCCCACAGCAUCUCAGAGCUGUCACCGGACUCAGAACAGAGGGACACACAAGCACUGCUGUCCACAGCGCAGGCAAUGGAGCUGAGGAGGCGAGUCUACCAUGUGGAGCGGCCACUGCUGAACCAGGAACAGCUGGAGGAGCUGGGGCGCUGGGGCUCAGCGACUGGGACCCUCCAGUGGCGAACCUGGUUGCAGUGCUCCCACGCUCGAGCCCGAGCCCUUCUGCUACAAUACCUCCCUGUUUUGGCCUGGCUACCCCGGUAUCCUGUGCGUGACUGGCUCCUGGGUGACCUCUUGUCUGGCCUGAGUGUGGCCAUUAUGCAGCUACCACAGGGCCUGGCCUACGCCCUCCUGGCUGGACUGCCCCCCGUGUUUGGCCUCUACAGUUCCUUCUACCCUGUCUUUAUCUACUUCCUGUUUGGUACUUCCCGGCAUAUCUCCGUGGGCACCUUUGCGAUCAUGUCUGUAAUGGUGGGCAGUGUGACAGAAUCCCUGGCCCCGGAUGAGGACUUCCUGCAGGACUUGAACUCCACGGUCAAUGAGACGGCCAGAGAUGCUGCCCGGGUGCAGCUGGCCUCCGCACUCAGUGUUCUGGUCGGCCUCUUCCAGGUGGGGCUGGGCCUGGUCCACUUCGGCUUCGUGGUCACCUACCUGUCAGAGCCUCUGGUCCGUGGCUAUACCACAGCUGCGUCUGUGCAGGUUUUCAUCUCGCAGCUCAAGUAUGUGUUUGGUCUACAACUGAGCAGCCGCUCUGGGCCACUGUCCGUCAUCUAUACAGUGCUGGAGGUCUGCUGGAAGCUGCCCCAGAGUGUGGUCGGCACCGUGGUCACCGCAGUUGUGGCAGGGGUGGUGCUUGUUUUGGUGAAGCUGUUGAAUGACAAGCUGCAGCGAUAUCUGCCCCUACCGAUCCCCGGGGAACUGCUCACGCUCAUCGGGGCCACAGGCAUCUCCUACGGUGUGGGCCUGAAGCGCAGAUUUGGGGUGGAUGUCGUGGGUGACAUCCCUGCAGGGCUGAUACCCCCAGUGGCCCCCAACCCCCAGCUGUUCGCAAAGCUUGUGGGAAAUGCCUUCGCCAUCGCUGUGGUUGGGUUCGCAAUUGCCAUCUCGCUGGGGAAGAUCUUCGCCCUGAGGCAUGGCUACCGGGUGGACAGCAACCAGGAGCUGGUGGCCCUUGGCCUCAGUAACCUCAUCGGGGGCCUCUUCCAGUGCUUCCCUGUGAGUUGCUCUAUGUCUCGGAGCCUGGUACAGGAGAGCACCGGGGGCAACACACAGGUAGCCGGAGCUGUCUCCUCCCUCUUCAUCCUCAUUAUCAUCGUCAAACUUGGGGAACUCUUCCAAGACCUGCCCAAGGCAGUCCUGGCAGCCGCCAUUAUCGUGAACUUGAAGGGCAUGUUGAGGCAGUUCACCGACAUAUGCUCACUCUGGAAGGCAAAUCGAGUGGAUCUGCUCAUCUGGCUGGUGACCUUCGUGGCCACCAUCCUGCUGAACAUGGACCUUGGCCUGGCAGUUGCGGUGGCCUUCUCCCUGCUGCUCGUGGUGGUCCGCACGCAGCUGCCCCACUACUCUGUCCUGGGGCAGAUGCCUGACACGGACAUUUACAGAGAUGUGGCAGAGUACUCAGAGGCCAGGGAGGUCCCGGGUGUGAAGGUCUUCCGCUCCUCAGCCACCGUGUACUUUGCCAACGCUGAGCUCUACAGUGACGCGCUGAAGCAGAGGUGUGGUGUAGAUGUCGACCACCUCAUCUCCCGGAAGAAGAAGCUGCUCAAGAAGCAGGAGCUAAAGCUGAAGCGAUUGCUGAAGGAGAGGAUCCAGACACAGGCUGCCACCUCCAAGGGCUCUUCCGGUUCCACCAAUGCCAACACCAGCAUUAGAGACAUCGAGAGCAACAACUUGGAGGGCUCCAAGGCCAAGCAGGUGAGCGCAGGGAAUGGACUAGAGGAUACAGUGGCCAGCGGUCAAGAAGAUGCUAAGGCCCCAGCCAGGUCCACACUGAAGGCCCUGGGCCUGCCUCAGCCGGAUUUCCACAGCCUUGUCCUGGACCUGGGCGCCCUCUCCUUCGUGGACACUGUGUGCAUCAAGAGCCUGAAGAAUAUUUUCCGUGACUUCCAGGAGAUCGAGGUGGAGGUGUACAUGGCCGCCUGCCACACUCCUGUAGUCGCUCAGCUUGAGGCUGGGCACUUCUUCGAUGCAUCUAUCACUAAGCAGCAUCUGUUUGCCUCUGUCCACGACGCUGUCAUCUUUGCCCUUCAACACCCAAGGUCUGGCCCCGUCAGCCCUGUUUUGCCCUUGGCACCUGUGUCCUCAGCUAUAAAAUAGUUGGAAUCAGAGCCGCUUCUCAGGAAUGAUCUGUUCUCAGGGACACUCAAUCUGGUGCAGGGACUGGGUGCCACUGGGAAGACCCUGGAGGGAGUAACAUGA